GGCGGGGCGGUGCGCGGGGCCGCGGGGAACGGCCCGUGCUCGGUGCUCCGCCCGGUGCGCGCCGCUCCGCCCGCCCGCCCGCCAUGAACUCCCUGGACCAGGCUGAGGAUCUCAAAGCUUUUGAAAGAAGACUUACUGAAUACAUUGCAUGUUUGCAACCAGCUACAGGACGUUGGAGAAUGAUUUUGAUAGUGGUGUCAGUCUGCACAGCAACCGGGGCUUGGAACUGGUUAAUAGACCCAGAGACACAAAAGGUAUCAUUUUUCACGUCACUUUGGAAUCACCCAUUUUUCACAAUUAGCUGUAUUACCCUAAUAGGCUUGUUCUUUGCUGGAAUACAUAAAAGAGUGGUGGCACCAUCAAUUAUAGCAGCCCGAUGCCGAACUGUUUUGGCAGAAUAUAAUAUGUCCUGUGAUGAUACUGGAAAAUUAAUUUUGAAACCUAGGCCUCAUGUUCAAUAAGGGCUGUCUUCCUUCAUUUUUUUUCCACUGCCAUGGAAACCAAAAAUGACCUUUUUUAAG